UUUUCCAAUCUGUAAGCCUCAGGAAUUCUGCCUGGAGAUUGCCAGCAGCAGCAAAGUCUGGCCUUUGUUUUUCUAUUACUCCCAUUCUAUACUGUCUGGCUGCGUCAGGAAGGGAGGCUAGCUAGCUAGCCCCACUGAACAGCUGGAGAAGCCAAAGCCCAGAGAAGUGGCAUAACCAGCUUAAGGCCACUGAGCUCAUUAAGAGUUGAGCUCUCAGAUCCAGUUUUUCACCUCCCUUUCCCUACCAAGUUGCUGCGUCCUGGAACGAGACGGAGCCUCGCUGCUACUGAUCCGAAUGGUCUCAGUGGUCAGAAUCCCCAAAUCAUGGCUCUGGGGUCAGGGAACCAGCGCGCAGUCGGACGCUCCCGCGGUGCAGGUGGGGAGACUGAGGUCCAGAGACCGGUGCUCCAGUGCCAGCGGGGCAAAAGGCGAGGGGGCGCGUCCAUCCUCCCCAGCAGCCGGCGCCGGAGCCGCCUCCGCCCGCCCCCCACGAUGGGUGCCCCCGCCUCGAUUUUGCCCUCGCAGCGCCGCAGCUCGGGAUCCAGUCAUGGUGGCUGCGCUGGUGGCGGCGUGGCUGCUCCUGUCGGCCGCGGCCUGCGCGCAGCGGGAGCAGGACUUCUACGACUUCAAGGCGGUCAACAUCCGGGGCAAGUUGGUGUCGCUGGAGAAGUACCGCGGCUCGGUGUCCCUGGUGGUGAACGUGGCUAGCGAGUGUGGCUUCACGGACCAGCACUACCGAGCCUUGCAGCAGCUGCAGCGGGACCUGGGGCCCCACCACUUCAAUGUGCUUGCCUUCCCCUGCAACCAGUUCGGCCAGCAGGAGCCUGAUACCAACAAGGAGAUCGAGAGCUUCGCCCGCCGCACCUACAGUGUUUCUUUCCCCAUGUUUAGCAAGGUCGCAGUCACUGGCGCUGGUGCCCACCCUGCCUUCAAGUACCUGAUCCAGACUUCUGGGAAGGAGCCCACCUGGAACUUUUGGAAGUACCUAGUGGCCCCAGAUGGAAAGGUAGUAGGGGCUUGGGACCCAACUGUGUCUGUGGAGGAGAUCAAGCCCCAGAUCACAGCACUUGUGAGGAAGCUCAUCCUGAAGAAGCGAGAAGACUUAUAACCACUUUCUCUCCUCUCCUACUUUCCCAUCCCCCCCAUCCUCCACCUUGAAUGGGAGACCAAAGCAAACUCAGUGGUGCUCAAUGGUGCUUAGAGGGAGGACCUAUGGACUCUCCUUCCUCCAUUUUUAUCCCAUCUACCCUAUCACUCCUAUGGGGGAAAAAUUCUAGUAUUUGGAUUAUUUGAGUCUUAGAACAACCUAUAGGAACUCUUGGCCAAUGAGAGCUCUUGGCCAAUGAAUCACCAGCCGAUAAGAACCUCUAGCCCAUGAAAACAUGUGGCAAAUAGAAGUAUAUAAAGCAAUAAUCUCGUGCCUAUUAAAAACUCUGUAAAAUGGGACCAAUUCCUACCUCACAGGGCUGUUGUGAGGAUGAGGAUGAAAGAUCUAUGAAAGUGCCUAGGGCAGUGCCAGCUCACUGGGAGGCAUUCAAUAAAUGGGUUUUUUGGCUUAUAAACCAAAAAAUAACUUGUAAUCAAUAAAAACUUGUGCCCAACAUGAAUUUCCAGCCAUUGAGAAUCCAAGCCAAAGAUUUAUUUGUUGUUACAACUGUUUUCCUCUGUAUCAUUUUUUUUAAUUACAAAAGUAAUAGAAAUAGAUUGUAAAAUAAUACAGGAUGAUAUAAAAUAAAAAUGAAGAUAUCCCCCUUGUUUUCUAUAUCUCACUCCCUGGAGGUAAAUAAAUACUGUUAGCAAUUUGGUACAAAGACUUCCUAAUUUUUUUUAUCAAGCCAAUAAUUAUUGCCCAAAAGAAUUCACUGACCAAAAGUAUACCAUAAUAACAAAUAGGCAAAGGAUAUGAAUAGAUAAUUCACAGAAUAAUGUAGAUGGAUAAUAAGGAUAUGAGAGAUAUUCAGCUUCAUUAAAGUUGGAAAGAUUUUUUUAAAUGAUAAUACCCAUAGUUGGUAAGGAUGUGAGGAAAUGGGCAUUCAUAGUAACUGUUGGUGGGACAAUGAAAUGGCACAAGUUUUUAGAGGGUGAUUUGGCAGUAUCUUUUAAAACUAAAUGUUCAUGUCCUUUGAUCCAUCAUUUCUUGUCCUAGAAGUCUCUCAAACUGUGCAAAUAUGUAUGUACGUCGUUCAUAAUAGUGAAAAUUGGAUGCAAUCCUGUAUCCAUCAAUAUGGUCUGAUAAUGAAUUAUGGUACAAAUCCAAAUGGUACACUAAUGCAGUUAUUAAAAUGAAUGAAUUAGGG